GCCGUGCGCUGUGGAUGAUCCUCGUCCUAUGCGGAUUUCAUCGCUGACUGACCGCCUGAGCCGCUCGCAUCAUCCCGGGAAGAGGCCUGGAUUUAGGCGCUGACACCCCCUCAUCCAGGGAUCACUAAACCCUUCUUAGUGCUCGGAUCUGCUCCCACGUUUACCGAACAUAGCUGCGGGUUGGAUCAUCGUGGUUGCCCUGCUUAGCAGAUCCCAGCAGAGGGGAUACUAACGACGCUGAGGAGGAGGAGGAGGAGGAGGACAGCGAGAGGCGAUGAUGAGCAAUGGACAAGCCCUGCGCCGGCAGGUGAAGAACAUUGUGCACAACUAUUCAGAAGCAGAGAUCAAGGUUCGUGAGGCCACCUCGAACGAUCCAUGGGGCCCAUCCUCAUCUCUCAUGUCCGAGAUCGCAGACUUGACCUUCAAUGUGGUGGCGUUUGCUGAGGUCAUGGGCAUGGUUUGGAAACGCCUCAACGACAGCGGCAAGAACUGGAGACAUGUCUACAAGGCCCUGACUCUGUUGGAUUACCUGCUGAAGACAGGAUCAGAGAGAGUGGCUCAGCAGUGUCGUGAGAACGCGUUCACGAUUCAGACACUGCGUGACUUCCAGUACAUGGACCGUGACGGCAGAGACCAGGGGGCUAACGUGAGGGAAAAAGCUCGCCAGCUGGUGUGUCUCCUGCGAGACGAGGAGCGGCUCCGCCAGGAGAGAAGUCAAGCCCUGAAGACCAAGGAGCGAAUGGCUGGUGGGGGCAGCGGAGGAGGCGGGGGUGUGUACGGAGGCAUCCCCCCGUCUUAUCACCCGGGUAGGCGAACGAGCCAGCCCAGCAUGUCUGUGCUGUACGGCGAGGAGUUCAGCCGCUCCAGAGGCUCUCCGUCCUCCUUUAACUCCUCGUCGUCAUCUCCUCGUGCCGCCUCAGACCUGGAGCAGGCCAGGCCUCAGACCAGCGGGGAGGAGGAGCUGCAGCUCCAGCUCGCCUUAGCAAUGAGCAGGGAGGAGAGUCAGAAGGAGCAGCGCUGUCGCCAAGGAGACGAGUCUCUGUUACAGAAGGCCCUGGAUGAGAGCCGGAGAGAGAGCCAGUCAGGGACUCAGGAGUCAGCCAUGUUGGACCUGGUGGACAUAUUUGCCACGUCAUCCGAGCAGCCGCCUCCUCCCAGUGACCCUUGGAACUCAGCUCAGCCCACCAAUGAUGUCACCUCUGACCCCUGGGACUCUGUAGCAGUUCACAGCAGCACUCCUGUGAUUGGUAGCCCUUGGACAGCCCCUCCCUCCUCCUCCAACGCGUCCAAUCCUUGGGCCCCAUGUGCCGACUCAAGUGCAGACCCCUGGGAAGGAGCGCCGGCCUCCUCUAGUCCUGUAAAUCAUGCAUGGGACAACCCAACAGACGGAGAUGUCGAUGGGACAGAUCCGUUUGCUGAGCAGGAAGAGGACAAGCCUCAAGUGUCCUCUCCUCAACUGGCUAGUCCAACAGAUGCAGAGCUGUUUGGGGUAAACCCAGACUCUGACCCGUUUUCUGCAGUGGAUUCUACAACCAAUGCAUUUGGGGCUGAUCCUCCUGUGAAACCUCUGGUAAAUGGACGAGAGUCUGACAGCCCCGAGAUGUUCGACCUGACCCGGCUCGCACCUCCGCUCAGCGCACCGCUUACACGUGUGUGUCGGACCCCAGAGGCCUUUCUGGGACCUACGGGGGCCUCGCUGGUCAAUUUAGAUGCUCUGAUACCCACCAACCCUCCUAGCAAAAUGCACAACAACCCCUUCCUUUUAGGUCUGAGUGCUCCGUCUCCCACCAACCCCUUCCACUGCGACCAGCCUCGCCUCACCCUCAACCAAAUGAGACCAUCCUCCACCUCCCCGCUGCCCCCUCACAUGCUCUCCUACAGCCCGUCGCUGCCUCUUCCUCUCUCCCACCAGCCGCCCAUCCUCCCCUCCUCUCUUACGCAGCCUCCUGCCGGACUCCUGGACCUCCCCUCCAACCUCCCCCAGCCCCUGCUCCCUCUGUCUCCGCGACCGGCAGCCCGCACUCAGUCCCAGAUGCAGACACACAGCCACAACCCCUUCCUCUGAGACUGCUGCACCCUUCUAACGACGGUAUGGACUCUUUUUUAGAUCGGUCUGUGCUGACUACAAUGACUGCAAUUCAAAUGAGCCUGAACUGGAUCGUGGUCUGAUGCCAUCGUGCACACUUGAAGCGGAUAGAAACACGAACUGGAUGUACUUGUGUCUGUCCCAAGACACGUCAGCUGCUAUAUAACCUGAACUCUUGAAGAAAAGCUAACUCACACGCACACACACACACACAUACACACUCAAACUUGCACUCAGGCGCACAUUAGGGUGCACACACAUCAACCUCAUGCACAGACACACGCACACAAGACUUAACAGGGUGCAUCUCAAAAGUCCAUUAAAUGUCUUUUUCCCCUUUAGCAACUCCGAGCAUCCUUUUCUCCACACAACACAGAGACUCGGAUGAAGCCACACACACUGAUUGUCCACCGAGAUUUCCCAGGAUCCUCACCGCUGCUGCUUCACCGACGAAAGCAUGAAUGCAUCCCACCACCCCCACCUACCCCCCGAGAGUCCAAACUAUUCUAUCCUGCUGAGCACCUGAGAUGAGUUAUUCAAAUAAAUCCCGUUUUUUUCCCAAUGAGUCAAAUAGUAUCUUGAGAUUUCUUGGCACAAUUGAGAAUCAGUGGAGAUGACCCAAAAGUGUGUUUCCGUAAGACUUUAGAAAACAUGCAGCACUGUUCAAGAACUAAUUGACUCAGGUGGUCCUCCCCAUACAUGACAAUACCUAUUUUGCAUUUUACCUUGUUACCUUGCAAAUGCAACAGAAUCUACUGCAUCUAUUCUACAUCUUUAUUGUAGAUGUAAAUUAUUUAUCCUGUUAAAGGCGAGUGGAUCCAAAAGGAUUUAGAUGGAUUUAAAACAGGACUAAACCAGCCUAAGCUACACCUCAAUAUCUCAAUCUGGACCUAAACUGAUCACUGAUUGUACCCUCUUGGACCCGCGUGCCUGCCUCUACAGCUGACCCACAAUGCAUUCCCGGCUGGUUCACAUUGGCGCCGUCGAGGAGGACCUCAGGGAGACCGCUCUGUCCCUCCUCCAAAGAGAUUCAACCUCACUGAAUCAAAAAACACACAGGGAGAUGAAUGGAUAUUUCAGAUGUGAGCGUAUAAACGAGGGAGGUGAAGGAGGAGGGAGGGGUAAAUGAAAGAUGAACAUAAAUAAGGUGAAGUGAUCACAGAUGAUAAACUGAUGCGUUGAGCAGCAGCUCCUCGUUCACUUCGGUUUUAGGAACAAGUGAAUCUGUUUGGUCGUCACUGCACUGAACCUGGACCUGAAUGUGAAAUGCCUGCCUAUAUACACACAGGCUCAGUACAUAUGUAUUUAAUAGA